CGAAGAAAGCCUACCCCAGCGCCAUUUUGUCCACCACAAAUCCCACUUGACCAGACCCGGGAUCGAAAGUGAAAGUUCAUCAGUGUCAGUGAUGAUUCAUAUCGUUUCUUUGAACUUUACGGACGCAUCCAUUCGAUUGUUACCGUAAACAGUGGUGGGGGAAAGAAAAUGAGUGUAGUGUGUUAUUGUUGACCGAACAGGACUAUUAGUUUUGGUAUUAAGCUGUCGUUAAAAUGCCAAAGGUUGUGUCGCGAAGUAUAGUUUGUUCAGAUACUAAAGAUCAGGAAGAGUAUAGUGAAGAGAAACCAUUGCAUAUUUACUACUGUCUUUGUGGUCAGAUGACUCUGAUAUUAGAUUGUGCGAUAGAGAAGCUUCCUCUACGGCGAAGGGAUGGAGGUCGUGUGAUAGAUGGCAGUAAACAUGCACACAAAGUCACCUGUGAUCCAGAUGAAACUGUGUAUUUAAAAAGACCUGAAGGAAUUGAGAGGCAAUAUAGGAUGAAAUGUAAAAAGUGUGGAUUACCACUCUAUUAUAAACACGAUCCGAAAAGCAAUAUUAAUUUCAUAGUUAAAGGAGCAGUCAUUAAAAGCUCAGGCGAAGGCCCUAUGACCACUAUUUACAACCAGGUUGCUGUUGAGAAGCCAAAGAAGAUAAUGGUUACAAAACAUACAAAGAACAUGGGUAAAUUCAGCUCAGUAACUGUAUCCACCAUAGAUGAAGAGGAGGAUGAGAUUGAAGCUCGUGAAGUGGCUGAUUCAUAUGCAAACAAUGCACGGAUCAUUGAGAAGCAGUUGGAAAGGAAAGGCAUGAACAAAAGAAAAAUGGUUGUGCAACAGACACAAGCAGAAAUGGACGCUAAGCGUAAUAGAGUGCGUGGGACACUUAUUGACAAGUAAAAAAGGACAUGAGUAGGAGAGAGAUUUAUGUAUAAGUGACAGUAGAUUUAGGAAAGAGAAUGUUUUUCGUUUUUGUGCCGUCUUGAUGUACAAAUUAUAAUGUAAAAAUGUAUGUCAUAAUUACAAUUUUUAUAUAAAAUACAACAAAACA